AUGUCGAACCCAUACGAAAGAGAAGCCGAGGACCGCUACGAGUCUCAGAACGAUCCCUCCCCUGUCUCUGGAAUAGUCAGGGACAAUUCCUACGCUCAUGAAACUCGUUCCGAGCUAAGAAAUCAGAUCCCUGUUCAAAGGGAUGAAGAUGAUGUUGAAGAUCCUAUUCAGCCUCCAUUUUCCAACAGUGAUAAGCAACUAGCGCAAGACGAACAGGAGGCUAUCGAUAGAAGUAACAUCUUACGUGGUGACCGCCUGCGUCAUGCAAAACCCCGUACUCAGGAUGGAUAUAGUGAAGGGCCUGGGGAGGACGAUCUACCCGAGGACGUUGUUUACGGACAGUCAGGAAGGUCUGCCACGGGUCGAAUUAUCUAA